CGUCCAUCCUCUUCCCCAUCGCCUCCUUCUUCCCGCCCUCCUCGCUAGCCGCGGGCGCCGCGAUGCCGGCGCGCCGCAACGCCGGCGCGGGGCAGUCUGGCAAGGGCAAGGGCAGAGGUCCAGGAGGGCCGAGCGGUGAAGGCGGCGGCACACCUGGCGGCGGCCGCGGCAAGGGCUGGCAGGAGGCGGCCAGCAGGCCGCAGGGGCCGCAGCAGGGGCCCGAGCUGGCCGAGGACCGCGCCGGCCUGCAGGAGCUCGAGGCGCGCCUGGCGAGCGCGAACGCCGCCAAUGCCGCCCUCCAGGAGGAGCUGGCGGAGGCGCGCAGGGAGCGCGGCGCGCAGCUGCCGGGGCAGCCGCCGCCGCCAGAGGCGCAGGCGGAGCGGCACGAGCAGGCGGUCCAAGCGCAGGCGGAGCUGCACGAGCAGGCCGUGUCGGCGCUGAAGGAGAAGGCGCGGGAGGCGGUGCGGGCCGUGCACGCCAAGGCCGAGGAGCAGGUGACCGCUCUGAGGGAGGAGCUGGCGCAGGAGGCGGCAAGCGCGAGCUCCGCCCACGCCGCCCUGCAGGAGGAGCUGGCGGAGGCGCGCCGGGGGCGCGGCACGGAGGAGCUGGCUCAGCAGGCGCCGCUGGAUGGCUCGCAGGCGGAACGGCACGAGCAGGCCAUUCUGGCGCUGAAGGAGAAGGCGAGGGAGGCGGUGCGGGUGGUGCGCGCCCAGGCAGAGGAGCAGGUGGCCGCCAUGAGGGAGGAGAUGAGACAGGAGGCGGCCAGCAGGCCGCAGGGAGCAGAGCAGGGGCCCGAGCAGGCCGAGGACCGCGCCGCCCUGCAGGAGCUCGAGGCGCGCCUGGCGAGCGCGAGCGCCGCCAAUGCCGCCCUCCAGGAGGAGCUGGCGGAGGUGCGCCAGGAGCGCGGCGCGCAGCUGCAGGAGCAGCACGAAGAGGCGCUCGCGGCGCUGAAGGAUCGGGCCCAGGACGCAGUGCAGGCGGUGCGAGCCCAGUCCGAGGAGCAGGUGGCCGCUUUGAGGGAGGAGCUGCAGGAGGCGGCCGACAGGCCGCAGGGGCCACAGCAGGGUGCCGAGCAGGCCGAGGACCGCGCCGCCCUGCAGGAGCUCGAGGCGCGCCUGGCGAGCGCCAGCGCCGCCAGCGCCGCCCUCCAGGAGGAGCUGGCGGAGGCGCGCCGGGAGCGUGCCGAGAGCACGGCGCAGGCAGAGCGGCACGAGCAGGCGGUCCAAGCGCAGGCGGAGCUGCACGAGCAGGCCGUGUCGGCGCUCAAGGAGAAGGCUCGGGAGGCGGUGCGGGCCGUGCACGCCCAGGCCGACGAGCAGGUGGCCGCCAUGAGGGAGGAGAUGCGGCAGGAGGCGGAUGGCGGGCCGCAGGGGCCGCAGCAGGGGGGCGGCCAGGGCGAGGGCGGCGCCGCCCUCCAGGGGCUCGAGGCGCGCCUGGCCAGCGAGGGCGCCGCCCACGCCGCCCUGCAGGAGGAGCUGGCGGAGGCGCGCCGCGAUGCGGAGGAGCUGGCGGCGGUGCAGGCCCAGCUGCAGCAGCAGCUUGCGCAGGCGUCCACCCCUGGCGGCGAGGGGGCCGAG